AAGGAGAGGGGAGAGAGGCGAGCCACACCACACGCACGCGCGGCGCACCGCGAGACCGCGCUGAGUUCUCGCAUCUGCCGAUCUCGGGUUUCCGCAUCGGCUCGAUCGAGGCGGAGGCGGCGGCGGCGAGGAGGAGGGAGACGCCGGAGACGGUCCGGGCCCAAGGGAAUGCGGAGCGAUGAGGUGGAGACGAGGCUCUGACGUCACCGGGCAGCGCAAGCUGCGCGGCGGCCGCACCUGCCACCGCAAGCACGUCGAGGACGGGUAGCCGCUGGAUCCUCUCGUCGAUCUUAGAUUCUUAGUGGUAGAGUAGAUUGAUUGCUAGGAGGAGGUCAGAUUAGGAGGAGAAGGAGGAGGAGGAGGGAGGAGAGGAUGGAGGCGGUGGAGGGGGAGAAGAAGGGCGGCGUGGUGCUGCAGGGAAGGUACGAGAUUGGGCGGGUGCUGGGGCGCGGGAACUUCGGGCGGGUGCACGUGGCGCGGGACCUCAGGACGGGGAAGAGCGUGGCGAUGAAGGUGGUGACGAAGGAGAAGGUGGUGCGCGCCGGGAUGGUGGAGCAGAUCAUGCGAGAGAUCGGCGUCAUGAAGCGGGUCUCCCACCCAAACAUCGUGGAGCUCCACGAGGUGAUGGCCACGCGCACCAAGAUCUACCUCGCGCUCGAGCUCGUCCGCGGCGGGGAGCUCUUCGGCCGGAUCGUCAGGCUGGGGCGCGUCAGGGAGGACGUCGCGCGGCACUACUUCCGCCAGCUCAUCUCCGCCGUCGACUUCUGCCACUCCCGCGGCGUCUACCACCGCGAUCUCAAGCCGGAGAACCUGCUGCUCGACGAGGCGGGCAACCUCAAGGUGGUCGACUUCGGCCUCAGCGCUCUCGCCGACCACGCACGCGCCGACGGCCUCCUCCACACCCUCUGCGGCACGCCGGGCUACACCGCCCCCGAGGUGCUCCGCGACAAGGGCUACGACGGCGCCAAGGCUGACCUCUGGUCCUGCGGCGUCAUCCUCUACGUGCUGCUCGCCGGAUCCCUCCCGUUCGCGGACGACAACAUCGUCACCAUGUACAGGAAGGUCCAGCGCGGAGACUACCGGUGCCCGACGUGGUUGUCCACCGAUGCGCGCCGCCUCAUCCCUAGGCUGCUCGACCCCAACCCCAGCACCCGCAUCACCGUCCCGCAGCUUGUCGAGACGCCGUGGUUCACGAAGACGUCCAUCUCCAAGCCUAUCAGCAUAGAGCCUCCGGCGGCCGAUCCUGCUCCGGCACCGGCAUGCGCGGCGCAGGAGGAGGGCGAGAAGGACGAGCCGGAGACGCUGAACGCGUUCCACCUGAUAUCACUCUCCGAGGGGUUCGACCUGUCGCCGCUGUUCGAGGGGGACUCAGCCAAUGGGAGGCGGGAGGGCGGCAUGCUGUUCGCGACGCGGGAGCCGGCGAGCGGCGUGAUCUCCCGCCUCGAGGCGGCGGCGGCGCGCGGCGGCGGCGGGAUGCGGGUGACCAAGAGCGGCGCCCGCGGCGUGCGCCUCGAGGGCUCGGAGUCCCGCGGGACCAAGGGCCGGCUCGCCGUGGCGGCCGACAUCUUCAGCGUGGCCCCCUCGGUGCUCGUCGUCGACGUCAAGAAGGACGGGGGCGACACACUCGAGUACCGCUCCUUCUGCAGCGAGCAGCUCCGGCCGGCGCUCCAGGACAUCGUCUGGGCCGCCACCGACCCCCCGGGCACCGCCGCCGUCUGAUGCCAUCGCCCAAUGCGCUCGCAUUCUUUCGUGCUUCCAUCGUAGUAACACCAUUGUUAGGAGUCCGUGCUUCCAUGUUAAUACCAUUGUUAGGAGUCCAAAAGUUCCAUUUCUGUCACAGUAGACGAUGCUGUUCUUCGUCCACCUGUUCUUGAUUCGAUUGCGACGUCCAUGAACUAGUAUCGCUGUUUGGUGGGGCAGUGACAACAAGAAUCUGUAUCUCUGCCUCGAUGCAGCCUUUUUGCAUAAUUGCAUUGUUUUUG